GCGCGUUACCAGGCGGGGUUGCAUGGCAGGCUGGGCUGUAGUGAGCCGGGGGAGCGCACAGAUUGAUUGUUCACCUGUCCCUCUCUGGAGAAUAGAGGCAGCCUGGGCGGAUCCUGUAGCACAGACAAGAGGGGCUCAGUCACAGUCCAGUUGUUUUAUGGGCAGCACUUGGUGGCAGGAGAGAAUGGAGCUGACAGGACGUGUAUAGAUGCCAAGGUACAUUGAAGCGCUGUGUAGUCCAGCUGGCUGAAUUCUGCCAUUUUGUACGUGUUUUGCUAUCGCCUGACAUGAAGGGAAUGCGGCACGUUCAGAUAUAUUUGGUGCUUUGCACCGUUCUACUAGCAUCACCAGUAAUCACUGGUUUCUCUCUACAUAAACUGAAGAUACGGGAGACAGAUGAAGUACUGGAAACUACAGAACAUUUUGAUGGCUUACAUGCAGAUAAUAAUCAGAGCUUCCCAGCUAAUGCACAGGACUACCAGCUGACAACACCAUCUACAGUGACCAAGGCUUCCCAGGGUAUAUCAGACGAGGCUUCAAUAAAUAACACAUUUGGUGUAAAUGAACUAAAAGACAACCACAGCUUGUCUGAUAGCAGCUCUGGAAAAGGUGAAAGCCCAGAGAUGAAUAGUUCUAGUGUUGCGGUCAUACUCAGUCCCAGUGGGCAAGCAGAGACAUCAUAUGAAAAUGGAAUUCUCACCACAGCGGUUUCCACUGUAGAUUAUAUUAGCAAAGAGACUUCUCAGAGCAUGGCCACAGGACUAGACAAUAGCCAUGAUGCAGAAGAAGAGAACAAAAAGACAGACAAAACAGAAAGUACAUUUCAGUUAAACACAAUUGAAAUGUUGACAGCCAAUCCCAGGACGAGCAACAUUAAAGCAACAGAGAGCCAGGCUACUGUAUCUCUUAAUGUUAAUGAGCCAAUGGCAGUCUCUCCACUUAGCAGCGACUUAAAGAAUGGGUCAAGUACAGAGACCAGCUCAGUGACAGAUAUCAAUUUUGAAAGUGCAUUAUCUUCAUACAGUAAUUUGGAAGCUGUAACACAAAUCAACCCAAACAGCACAACUGCUGCAACCACUCUCCCACAACAAAGCAGUGAAUGGGAUGAUACCAAAUUUUCCAAUUUUGCACCUUUAACAGUAACUGCAGACGUUAAAUCGACGGAAGACCAAAAUGCAACAACUUCUAGGCCAGAAGCUUUAGUUGUCUCUUUGCCAACAUUUCCAGGCAUAAAUGCCCAGUCUGAAAAUAACACAGAUGAUAAUGCAACACAGAUUGGUUCUGGUUUUGUGCCAGAUGAAAACAUGCACACUGAUAACACAUCAGAGACUGCAAGGACCCUGAGUCAACCAAUGAAAGCUACCGCUGAAGAAGGUAAUAUUUCCACCAUCCUGCAGAACAGUACAGAUGCUUCUAGACAAAUUGAAGAUUUUUCUCCUACGAUUGCAGCAGAUGCCAAGGAGCUGGACACAAAACUCAGUGAAAACCCCAGUGGCACAACAGCCACUGCUUCCAUAAUUCAUAGUCCAACUGAAGAAGCUAACAUUGAGGACUUAGACAAUGAAGGAAAGGAGACAGUCUCCCAGCAAUCAGCACUGGAUUCCACCACCCCACCCUUGGAAGAUCUGAAGACAAAACCUAAGGAAGUUGACUCUCUGGCUAUUUCAGUUUCUACUACUCUUCCUGCUGUGAUACCAGGAGAGACAGAAAAAGUGACUCCAUCCAUAACCACACAGAUCAGUCAAGAGCAGGUUCCCUUCCCAAGGAAAAUCGAUGUCACUGAGUCCCACAGGCCUGACAAACCCGAAUCUGAAGAGGGUGAUGAGCAGGAUGAAGACGAUGAUGACGAAGACGAUGAUGGGGAAGAAGAAGAGGAGGAGGAGGAAGAUAAAGACACUGAUUCAGCAGAUGAAAGCGUUGAAGGGGAUGCUGAUCUGCCUCCAUUCACCCUCCCAGGCCUAUCUUCUCAGGAGCCUGGAGAAGAUGAGAUUGGAAGGGGUGCAUAUCAUGUUCCAGAUGCUCUAGAAUGGGAACAGCAAAAACAAGGGCUCAUGAGAAGCUGGAUGGAAAAGCUGAAAGACAAGGCAGGAUACAUGUCUGGAAUGCUCAUACCCGUAGGAGUCGGCGUAGCCGGAGCACUUUUAAUCCUUGGAGCUCUGUACAGCAUAAAGAUCAUGAAUCGCCGCAGGAGAACUGGCUUCAAACAGCAUAAAAGAAAGCAGAGAGAAUUUAACAGCAUGCAAGACAGAGUAAUGCUCUUAGCCGACAGCUCAGAAGAUGAAUUUUGAAUUGGACUGCUCAGAUACUGGGAUAUUUAAUGACACCUUUGCAAAAAGAGAAUGAAAUUCCUGCAAUCCCACUGCUAUCAGCCAGCUGUGUAACACCCUGUAGUGAUUACCGUGCAUUGGAAACUAAGGCAUGCUGUCCUCUAAAUGAUGUUUGUUUUAUUACAACUGUGAAAUGACACGUGUAUACACUGCUCUUUGUGGAUAUGCAGAUUCCUUCUUGUGCAAAUGUACUGCUUUAUAGGAAAUCUUUCUUUUCUUAAUGAGUUACAUGGGUGUAGUCUAGUGAUCCACAACCUGGAGUUUAAAAGCUAUUGCUGAACUAAAACAUCCAAAAGCUUCUACUAGCCUAAAUUUAAAUAGUUCAGUGACUGGAGAGUUGCAUGUUUAGAUCCCUGGGUCACUUUACUAAACUGUAAAUAAAACACUGACCCUUGUGAUACUGUUAAACCAUGGCUCUAAUUAUCAGGAGUUAUAGUGCUGCAGCAGGUUUGCAACCCACAGUACAUGAUGUGUAUUAGAAGCAUAGUAAGGACUUUGUAGAUUAGGGAGUUGAAUUACCCAGAAGUCAGGUCUGGCAGAGCAUUCCGCUUUCCUUUUCUGACUUCCCUCUACUUCCUUGUUUGUGGAUAAAGCUUGUGUGGAAUAGGUGCAGGUGGUGGGUCACUAACUUGUAGUAAACCCUUAUAUGAGAGAAGCAACACAGAAAUAUCCACAUAUAAUUUUUGGCAAAGAAACUACUGUAGUGUUGCUGUAUGAAUUAUGCUAUCCAGGAUGCACCAACUGGCACAUCACAGUGGUUGUUUCUUGUUGGGAUCAUUGAGUGCAAAGUGUAUUUGUAACAUAAGCAAUAUAGGCACAUAGUGUAUAAGACCGGUGAUUAGUGUUAGGUGUGGCUUAGUGUGAAUAGCAGGGUCUCAAUGAAGUCUCACAUUAAACAUUAUCAUUGGAAUCUUGUGGGUUAGUAUAUCCAUUGGGUUAUCUGGGCCUAAAGGGGUUGGGCCCAAUCACUGCUGCCUCUUGUACAAGAUCACCAUUAUUAUAUGUAAGGGAUGAAUCCUAGCUUGAUAAAUAGCUUCCAUGAUAAAUUAACCAUAGUGAGUUUGAUGGAAACUGUAGAGUAACACCAGUUAAAAAACUAAGUAAUACUAUCAUAUUGCACCUGCAACUAUGCAUUUUUGUGACACUAAAUAAAAUAUUUAUGGUAAUUGUAUGAAUGCAAACAAUUGACAGGUUUAAAUCAUUACAUCUUCCAUACCCUUUAUUAGCUUAGUUGCUUUUCUCCAGGCUUUUUCUAUUUCAUUAUUGUCCCUUUGAAACACUAAAGACCAAAACUGCACUGCAUAUUCUAGAUGGGACCUUACCAGUGCUUAGUAAAGGGGAAGACUUAACAUUAUCCACUUAAAAUACAGGACAAUACUCGGUGGCCCUUCCUACUGCUGACUGGCAUUGCUUGAUAAAACUUCUUAUACUCUGGCAGGUUGUCUGAUCCUGUGGUGCCCUCUGAUCCAAUGCACAUUUCUGUAAGUAAAAAAUGUAUAGGUCCUCCUCAACAGGUAACAACCCUCUGCUGGUCCCAAUCAUUUGCUUGCAAUCCCUUAUGAUAUAAUUAGCAUAUUUGUUCUGGAUUACUUGGGGACCUGGGCUUUUGUGCUUAAGGAGCCAUUUUGUAAUGUGGAGCACCAUACAUAAAGGCUAAUAAACAUUAAGAACCUGA